GCGCGGGCGGCCGCGGGGGCAGACGCGGGGCCCGGGGCCGAGCAGUGCGCCACGCUGGUGCAGGGCAAGUUCUUCGGUUACUUCUCUGCGGCCGCAGUGCUCCCCGCCAACGCCUCGCGCUGCUCCUGGACCCUGCGCAACCCCGACCCCCGACGUUACACGCUCUAUGUGAAGGUGGCCAAGGCGCCCGCGCCCUGCGUUGGCCCCGGCCGCGUCCGCACCUACCAGUUCGACUCCUUCCUGGAGUCCACGCGCACCUACCUGGGAGUGGAAAGCUUCGACGAGGUGCUGCAGCUCUGCGACCCCUCGGCGCCCCUGGCCUUCCUGCAGGCCAGCAAGCAGUUCCUGCAGAUGCUGCGCCAGCAGCCACCCCCCGACCGAGGCCCCCGGCUGCCGGGGGGGCCCCCGGGCCCCAGCGACGACUUCUCCGUGGAGUACCUGGUCGUGGGCAACCGCAACCCCAGCCGGGCCGCCUGUCAGAUGCUGUGCCGCUGGCUGGACGCCUGUCUGGCGGGCAGCCGCAGCUCGCACCCCUGUGGCAUCAUGCAGACCCCCUGUGCCUGCGUGGGCGGGGACCCCGGCGACCCUGCCUCCGGCUCCCUGGCCCCCCGCGGGGACGUCUGCCUGAGGGACGGCGUGGCUGGCGGCCCUGAGAACUGCCUCACCAGCCUGGCCCAGGAUCGGGGCGGGGACAGUGCAGCAGGUGGCUGGAAGCUGUGGUCCUUGUGGGGCGAGUGCACGCGGGACUGCGGGGGAGGCCUACAGACGCGGACGCGCACCUGCCUGCCGGCUCCCGGCACCCAGGGCGGCGGCUGCGAGGGGGUGCUGGAGGAGGGCCGCCUGUGCAACCGCAAGGCCUGCGGCCCGGCCAGCCGCACCAACUCCCGAAGCCAGUCCCUGCGGUCCACGGAUGCCCGGCGGCGCGAGGAGCCGGGGGACGAGCUGCAGCAGUUUGGGUUCCCGUCCCCACAGACAGGUGACCCGGCGGCUGAGGAGUGGUCCCCGUGGAGCGUGUGCUCCAGCACCUGCGGUGAGGGCUGGCAGACCCGCACGCGUUUCUGCGUGUCCUCUUCCUACAGCACGCAGUGCAGCGGGCCUCUGCGCGAGCAGCGGCUGUGCAACAACUCGGCGGUGUGUCCAGUGCACGGCGCCUGGGACGAGUGGUCGCCUUGGAGCCUCUGCUCCAGCACCUGCGGCCGUGGCUUCCGAGACCGCACGCGCACCUGCAGGCCCCCCCAGUUUGGAGGCAACCCCUGUGAGGGCCCUGAGAAGCAAACUAAGUUUUGCAACAUUGCCCUGUGUCCUGUGGAUGGAAACUGGAACGAGUGGUCAAGCUGGAGCACCUGCUCUGCCAGCUGCUCCCAGGGCCGGCAGCAGCGCACUCGGGAGUGCAACGGGCCUUCAUACGGGGGCGCCGAAUGCCAGGGCCACUGGGUGGAGACUCGAGACUGCUUUCUCCAGCAGUGCCCAGUGGAUGGCAAGUGGCAGUCCUGGGCAUCAUGGGGCGGCUGCAGUGUCACGUGUGGGGGUGGCACACAGCGACGGGAACGUGUCUGCUCCGGUCCCUUCUUCGGGGGAGCAGCCUGUCAGGGCCCCCAGGAUGAGUAUCGGCAGUGUAGCGCCCAGCGAUGCCCUGAGCCCCACGAGAUCUGUGACGAGGACAACUUCGGGACAGUGGUGUGGAAGGAGACUCCGGCAGGAGAGGUGGCUGCUGUCCGGUGUCCUCGCAAUGCCACAGGCCUCAUCCUGCGGCGCUGUGAGCUGGACGAGGAGGGCAUCGCCUACUGGGAGCCCCCUACCUACAUCCGUUGUGUCUCCAUCGACUACCGGAACAUCCAGAUGAUGACCCGGGAACACCUGGCGAAGGCUCAGCGUGGGUUGCCUGGGGAAGGGGUCUCCGAGGUGAUCCAGACGCUGGUGGAGAUCUCCCAGGACGGGACCAGCUACAGUGGGGACCUUCUCUCCACCAUCGAUGUCCUGAGGAACAUGACAGAGAUCUUCCGCAGGGCGUACUACAGCCCCACCCCUGGGGAUGCUCAGAACUUUGUGCAGAUCAUCAGCAACCUGCUGGCAGAAGAGAACCGGGACAAGUGGGAGGAGGCCCAGCUGAUGGGUCCCAAUGCCAAGGAGCUCUUCAGGCUGGUGGAGGACUUUGUGGGUGUCAUCGGCUUCCGUAUGAAGGACCUGCGGGACGCGUACCAGGUCACAGACAACCUGGUCCUCAGCAUCCAUAAGCUCCCGGCCAGCGGAGCCACGGAUAUCAGCUUCCCCAUGAAGGGCUGGCGGGCCACGGGCGACUGGGCCAAGGUGCCGGAGGACAGGGUCACCGUGUCUAAGAGUGUCUUCUCCACGGGGCUGGCAGAGGCUGAUGACUCGUCUGUGUUCGUGGUGGGCACCGUGCUCUACAGAAACCUGGGCAGCUUCCUGGCACUGCAGAGGAACACGACUGUGCUGAACUCCAAGGUCAUCUCGGUGACCGUGAAGCCCCCGCCCCGCUCCCUGCUCACACCCUUGGAGAUCGAGUUUGCCCAUGUGUACAACGGCACCACCAACCAGACCUGUAUCCUGUGGGACGAGACGGAUGUGUACAUCCGCUCGGAGCGGUCUGUCAUCCUCAUCAACUUUUGCUUGUCCAUCAUCUCCUCCAAUGCCCUCAUCCUCAUCGGGCAGACCCAGACCCGCAAUAAGGUGGUGUGUACGCUGGUGGCCGCCUUCUUGCAUUUCUUCUUCCUGUCGUCCUUCUGCUGGGUGCUCACCGAGGCCUGGCAGUCCUACAUGGCCGUGACAGGCCGCCUCAGGAACCGCCUCAUCCGCAAACGCUUCCUCUGCCUGGGCUGGGGGCUCCCUGCGCUGGUCGUGGCCAUUUCUGUGGGAUUCACCAAGGCCAAAGGGUACAGCACCAUGAACUACUGCUGGCUCUCCCUGGAGGGGGGACUGUUGUACGCCUUCGUGGGACCGGCCGCCGCUGUCGUGCUGGUGAACAUGGUCAUCGGGAUCCUGGUGUUCAACAAGCUCGUGUCCAAGGACGGCAUCACCGACAAGAAGCUGAAGGAGCGGGCAGGUCAGCUGCCCCGGGGCCCCUCGGGUGCGCCCUCAAAUGUGCCGAGCGUGGCGCCCUCUCUGCGACCGACGCCGCCAGUAAUGCCACGUUAGUGCCUCUUGCUGCCCGCAUGCCUGCCUGGCUCCGCUGUCCUCUGAGUUGCACUGUUUUAAGCUUUUUCUGUCCUGUCACCUCUGCCGUCUGCUCUGGGGGUCCUCCCCUACCCAGCCCUUCGCCAGACUCCUCUUCCCCAUCCAGGGGCCUUGGGACAAGGUGGACCUAAGUGCCAGUGCGGCCGGAGGGGAUGGGGCCGGUUCAGCAUGAGAACGCGCUCGGCUGGUCGGUCAUUGACCUGCGGUCGUGCUGGGGGCUGGGGUGCGCUCUGUGUGAGUGUGUAUGUGUGAGUGUGUACAUGUGCGAGCCUGUGUGGGUGUGUGGACACUCGUGCACCAUGGCGGCCGCGGGAUCAGGACGGGACGGGUCCGUCGAGGCGGAAAGCUGUGUUGGGAGGGCCGAGCGGGGGCAAGGCUCCAGGAGUACGCGCUGUUUGCUUCACACGCCAGGCUCUGCCCUGUGAUAGGCCUGUCACGAGAGCCCUGGGGGACAGUCCCUGAGAGGUCAAGUGGCAGGUUGGAGGCAGGGACCCUGCCCACCUGGGUCCCUGCUCCCGCCCCUCCCCCACCCCACCGCAGGGGCAUCGGACUUUCCAAAGGGCCGGGUGGUCCCACUGCCCCCUGGCCUCCCCGCCAGCUCCCCUGCUCCCCACCCAUCACCCCCCAGCUGGCACCCGCUCCUCCACGUGGCCCUCUGCCCUCUGCAGAACCCUGCAGAGGCUGGGCUGCAGGAAUUGGAGUAAUUCACGGGUCUCCAAGCCCCAGCCCCAGCCGUCUGCUCCCCGCCUCAGGCCGCAGACAUCAGGCCCCAGGCCCCAGGCCCCGGGGAGGAUGACUCAGAGCAGGACGAGACUUCCACGGGAGAGCUGUGCCCCGCCCUCCUCCUGCUCAGAGCUCGGCCAGAGAAGGUCUGCUUCUGAAGGGAGGAGACAGACAAGGGAGCCCCACCCUCCAUGGGGAGACGCAGAGGUUCGGGGCCGGGGAGGGCCGUGCGCGUAGUCAUGGAGGGCCCCCUUCUCCGGGCAUCCAGCAGGUGCGGGGGGAGGCAAGGCUGGGUGCUGGUACCCCUGCUGGGGCCUCCGCCCUGGAAGGAGGUGAGGUGGGUCUGUGAAGUCUGGUUCGGAAGCUCGUGCAGCAGCCAGAAGAGGUCU